AUGAAAACCAACUAUCCUUAUGUCUUUGACAAUGCAGAAGUAAAACAAGAAUUAGAUAGGUUACACGACCAGUAUGUACUGGUGCCCGCUGAUAAAGCAAUGACAGCAAAUGAUUGUCCAUCUGUAUGUCUGUGCUAUAAUAUAACUGCGGAUUGUUCUAAUCAAAAUCUGUCUUAUAUACCAAGGCUUCCAAAAGGAAUUCAGAGGAUUAAUCUUUCGGGGAAUUUUUACCAGCAUAUCACAAGACAGACAUUUGAGAAUGUGUCUAAGGAACAUGAAGUGGACUAUUUAGAUUUGUCUAUUUGCAACAUUCUUGAGGAAAUGUCAUUAUCGUCCAACACUCUUCAAGAACUCCACAUUGGGAACAUUGGAGCUAAAUAUCCUCCAACUUUUGACUCAAACCGUGUUUUUAAUCAUACACCAGAAUUAGUGAAAUUAAAGAUGGCGCGCUUUGAUUUGAUGAAUACAAAUAUGUCUUUAUUAUUGGGAUUUUUGCUCAAACUCGAGGAACUUGUUAUAUACGAUUGCCGUCUUCUACAAAUUCCGGAUAUUAUUUCCAAGUUGAAUCGUCUCAAAGUACUGGAUUUGGGAACCAAUUUUAUUGGAGCCUUUCAUUUUCAUUUAUUCAAAGAUUUAAAGGAUCUCAAAAAUUUAACUUUAAGGGCAAAUAGGAUUAGUGUUAUUGACAAUAACUCUAUUUCUAUUGCAUCCCUUGAUCGUCUUUCUCUUCUGGAUAUCCGCUUCAAUCCAUAUGCUUGCAACUGUGAUUUGUACUGGUUCAUUAACUCUGUACUUAAAGAAAGGAAAAGUAUUUUGUUCCAGAAUGAUCUAUCUUCUUACCAGUGUUCUUCUCCGAUAAAUCUAUACAACCGAACCUUGAUGGAUUAUAACCCAUCAUAUUAUGAAUGUCAUUCUUUGACGACGCAAGAGGCGAUUGCAAUCGCUGCAGUCUGUAUUUUUAUUUUGCUGAUCAUUCUUGUUGUUCUCUACAAAAAAUACAAAUGGCAUAUAAAAUACUAUGCUUAUUUGCUCCGAUCACGAAAAGGAUAUGAAAAAAUUGAAGGAACGGAUGAGUCAGAUAUUUUAUUUGAUGCCUUUGUUGCGUAUAAUGAAGAUGACCGCUCCUGGGUUAUCUCCAAUUUGAUGUCAGAACUUGAGGGUAAGGAGCAAUAUCGCUUGUGUCUUCACGAAAGAGACUUUCUUCCUGGGAGGACCAUUUUUUCACAAAUCUCUCACACCAUACAGAGAAGUAGAAAAGUCAUUCUAGUAAUAUCAGACAGUUUUGCAAAGAGUCAAUGGUGUCAGUACGAGACUCUGGUGGCGCAGGAUCGACUGAUUGAUGACGGUGCUAAUGUGCUUAUCGUUGUGCUGUUGGGAGAAAUUCAGAGCAAAUAUAUGACAGACUCUUUGCAUAUGUUACUUCGCUCUAUGACCUAUAUAAGAUGGCCACCAGCAAAUUCGCUUGGAAGAGAACUUUUCUGGAAUAGAAUUAGACUUGCAAUGAAGCAAUAA